AUGAGUGUUAUUCGGCUUGCUCCAAAGGUAUGGGCUUCAAAUUUUGCAAUUCAUAGAGCUAGGGUACCUUUAAUUGCGAGAAUAAACAUCAGGGACGCUGGCGAUGGAAAGUCUCGGCACCAUCUAAGAUUUUUCUCUGCGCAGAAUAUACCUCGAACUACCAGGCUUGAUGCGGUGGCUCUCUUUGGAUCUCAUCAACCCGUAGAAACUUUCCCUAGAGUUUUUCGGAUAUUGCGACUCUAUUCUAAUGAUGCAAGGUCAGCAAAGGAAAAUGCUACAGCGGACGCAGCUACAGAUAAGGAAAGUGAUGAUAACGGAUCGUCACCGAAAGGGCCCAAACAUAAUUCUCAAUCCGAAUCAACAGAUGAAAAACGAAAAGAUAAUCCCGAUGAGCCAAGCAAGAAUGAACGACAGAAGGAUUCUGCACCACCUCCACCUCACGGCGAUAAGACCCCGUGGCAAGUAUUCACUGAAACUUUAAAAAGUGAAUUUAAAGCAUCUAAGGAAUGGAAUGAAUCUACCAAAGCUCUGGCAGCUGGGGCCCAGCAAAUUACCGAAAACGAGCCAGUGCGGAAGGCGAGAGAAGCAUUAGAAGCAACCACGGGUGUUGUUGGAUCUACGACCGCAAAGGUACUCAAGACUACGGCAGGGGCUGUUGGAAAAGGUGCAUCUUGGACCUGGGAAACUCCCGUAGUCAAGGGUGUUCGCACAACGGUCAAUGCUACAGCGACAGUAAUAGAGAAGGGGACGCGACCAUUACGAGAGACUGAAGCCUACAAGAACGUUAAGAAUGUAAUAGAUGAUGGUGGAAGCUCGCGGUAUGGUGGAUGGGUUGAGAAAGAAGAGCGAAGAAAGAGAAGGGAAGCUAGAGAAGUUGAAGAAGCAGGCAAAGCAGGGUUUUCCGGGAAAACAAUGGAGGCCGUGAGGGAGAAUCCGGAAACAAGUACCAAUGUUACUGUCCACAAAGACGCUGCCUGGAAAGAGUCGUGGCGGGAUUUUCGAGACUCUAAUAAGAUGAUGCAGGGUUUAUUCUCCUUGAAAUCAGCAUUCCGAGAUUCGGAAAAUCCUCUGGUCUCUACUGCUCGGGGUAUAUCCGAUCGAGUAGCUGGGCUGUUUGCAGAGAAUGAAACUGCUCGGGUCAUCAAGAAAUUUCGCGAAAUGGAUCCCGCUUUCAGGAUGGAGCCAUUUGUUCAGGAAAUGCGCGAGUAUAUCCUCCCAGAAGUGUUGGAUGCCUACGUGAAGGGUGACAGUGCAACUUUAAAGCUCUGGCUCUCUGCUGCUCAGUUCCAAGUCUACGACGCCUUAUCUAAACAAUACAUUACCGCUGGUCUCAAGUCCGAUGGUCGUAUUCUAGAUAUUAGGAAUGUCGAGGUUCUCUCGGCACGCAUUCUUGAGCCUGGAGAUAUACCAAUUUUUAUUGUGACUUGCCGCACACAAGAAGUACAUGUCUAUCGAAAUGCAAAGACUAACGAGCUCGCUGCUGGAAUGGAGGAUAGAGUUCAGCUUGUUACCUAUGCCAUUGGCGUCACCCGUCUCCCCGAAGAUGUGAACAAUCCAGAAACCAGGGGUUGGAGACUCAUUGAGCUCCAAAAAAGUGGCAGAGAUUACAUCUAG